GUUACGACGUGGAUCCUCAGUGGAGGUGGUGAGAGUUGCGACGAAGCCUGCAGUGCGUCGGGCAGCUCAUGCGACGCUUCAGCUGACUGGCCUACGACCGAAGCGGCCGUUUCAAUUGUUGGUUCUCUCUUGGGACAUUCGUGCGAUCAGUCUACGAACUAUGGUGGCGAUUGGGAGUUCGCACCUUACACCUACACGCCCGAUGGGCGCUGCAAUUAUCCAACAAGUGCGACAUAUCCGACAUGCAGUGCAGCGGGCGCAGACGCAAACAUCCGCCGCUUCUGCCCAUGUACACCAACCGUGCAGGCUUCAUCGACGUUCGUUGCCAGAUGCGCCGCAAACGGCACGUUCGUCGGCGUCUCGUCGUGCGCCCCGAUGCCUUGCGGCGCAGUGCCCGAGCAGCAUCACGUGAACGUCAACCACACCGGCGUGGUCAUGACCUACGGGCAGCAGUUGUUGAAGACGUGCAAGCCUGGCUAUGCGCUGGACAAGGAUCACCACAGCGAGAAUGCCUACAAUAUCAAGUGCGUCGCACCUGGCACGGCAGACGACCUCGAGUACACGCCGCAGGGUGCUGCCUGCACGGAGAUCGACUGCGGGCCCUUCGGCUACGUGCUGAACGCAGCCGCGGAUGGUGAAACCAGAUUCCUUGGGAAGAUGGUGGUGACUUGUAACAAGGGUUACUCCCUUGACGGGUCGUGCGGCGACUCCUCGAAGAUGGCCUACGACAGCUUCUGCAUGGCCGACGGCUCCUUCAGCCGGACGGGCGGCUGCCAGCCAGUCCGCUGCGGCGUGGCCCCAAAUGUGACCCACGCUGACCAGAACACGGGGAUGGCCAGUUUGGUGUACAUGAACACUGCCAAGUAUACCAUUCAGGCGGGAUACACUCUGUGCGAGCAGGGCAAGAACCCGAGUCUGAACACAUUCGAUGUGACGUGCGAAUCGGGGGGUGAGUUUGGGCCGACGCCGAGCAUCUACAUCAUCCAGUGUGGCACGGCGCCUGAGAGGGAGAACGCGGUGAAUCCUGGAGCAGACCUCAGUUACCAGGACGAAGAGCAAUACACGUGCAGCUUGGGGCACACCUUGGACGGCCUGCCGUCUUCGGCCAGUAACUCCGGGUUCACCCUGUCCUGCAACGCGGAAGGUGGGCUCGACGGGCACCAGGGAGGAUGCACCGCAGUGAAGUGUGGGUCCGUUGUGACACCCCAGCACAGCAUGCAGGUAACGAGCGUCGAGCACGGCAAGAAGAGCACACUGUAUUACCAAGACCAGGCGCACUUCGAGUGCGACCCAGGCUACUCCAUCGACGCGAGGCUUUUGGGAGCGAUCACGUACCAUCAGACGUGCCUGGUCAACGGCUCGAUAUCCUACCAUGCGGGGUGUUUCAACAUCAACGACUGCGAAGCUAAUCUUUGCGAGCCUUCUGGCACUUGCGUGGACCAUGAGAGUCCAACAGGAGUUCAUUCAGACGACUACCACUGUGAGUGCUCGGACGGCUUCAAGGAGCAGAUCAAGAGUGACGGCAAGCGCUAUUGUGGCAAUAUCCCCGACUGUCCAGAGGGCGCCUGCGAGCCAGGUAAGUGCAAGGAUUUGGUGAAUGACUACACGUGCGAGUGCCCCAGCGGCUAUAACGAAGAGCCGAAUCGAGGGGAAAACCUCGAAAAGGAUUGUAUGCCCCAGAGUUGUGGCAAGUGCGCAGACCACGCGUCGAUCGCACAUGCCCAGUGUCUGAUCCCAUCCCUUGAAAGAUUCUACGACGGAGAGAAGGCCUCCUACGAAUGCGAGACUGGCUACAGCCUGGACGGGACUGUGCCGACAAGCGCAGAUAGUAAGGUGUUCGAGCUGGCGUGCCAGGCAAACGGCAAGCUCGAGGCACAUCCAGGCUGCUUGCCAAUCUGGUGCGGCGCGGCACCCAGGGUACCGAACUCCGACAAGGCGGCUAGAGCCACGCAGGUGAACCUCACUUACGGCCAGACAGCGAAGUACAUCUGCAACGCUGGCUACUCUGUGACGGGCGACGCAGAUGCGGAGAAAGAUUUCACGGUCGAGUGCGAUGCGCUCGGCAAGAUCGGCCCAACCAAGUCAUGCAAGCCCAUCAAGUGCCCAGUCCCCAACGUCGAGAUGCCGUUCGGGGAGCACGUGAGUUACCCCAUCUCCGUCGCUGAGAGCUUGCGUGCCCACGGCACGGUGUCGGACUCCCUGGACCCCCUCGACCACAACGACACGACGUUUGCGGUCAAGUGCGGGGCAGCCGGUGCCCACAUCUUCCCUGCCAGGUCCACGUGCCAGCCGAUCGAUUGCAGCCCGCUGCCCGCCGUCCAGAACGCGGACGUCGCCGGCCACUCGACCUUCGGCCAGCACGCCCUCGCCACGGCGCACGAGUGCUGGUCGCUGGACGGCUCGGGGAGCGCCCACAUGAAGGCCUUCAACGUCUCCUGCAGCGCCUCCGGCGCCUACGUAGGCGUCCAGGCGUUCGCCCAGAUCUCCUGCGGCGCGGCGCCCUCCCUGGGCGUGGGCUACCUACGCGCAGCGGGCGAGGCACACGUCCUCUGCGGCACCUCGGCGACCUACCUCCUCGACGACUGCUACACGCUGAGCGCGGAGGGCACGCCCGGUGGGACGCGGCAGAUCGCGACCGCCUGCCAGGACGACGGGAACUUCGCCGAGGCCGAGCCGGUCCACCUCAUCGCGUGUGGGGAACCGCCGCCGCAGAAGUACGCCAGCCUCGCGGCCACCGCGCCAGCCUUCUGCGGCACCGUGGUGGAAUACAAGUGCGACUACGGCCACUCCUUGGACGCGAGCCCAGCGGGACUGACCGCGUUCACAACGGAGUGCAGCACCAGCGGCGCGUUCGUUGGCGAGAGCAGAUGCCAGCCAAUUCAGUGCAAAGGGCCCUCCGUGCCAGAGAACGCCGAAGGGACGACCAAGGACGUGCUGAUCUUCAAUGAGACCGUGUCCUUCGUCUGCAAGCCCGGUUUCUCCACCGACGGGGCCUCCCAGAGCCGCCACACGAUCGUGGUCGCGACGUGCCGUGCAGACGGCACCAAUUCCUUCAAUGGAUCUUGCAUCAACAACGAUGACUGCUCGUCCGUCGAGAACGACUGCUCGCCGAAUGGUGAGUGCGUGGACAGGGGCGAGCCCACCGGCGUACACUUCGACGAUUUCAGCUGCAAUUGCAAUAGCGGUUUCGAGGAGGAGGUGAACGCGUCGAGGAAGUACUGCUCGAACAUCAACGACUGUCCCAAAGAGGCCUGCCAGCCGGGUGUCUGCGUCGACCUGGUCAACGGCUACUCCUGCACGUGCCCGUGCGGAUAUUACGCCGCUGCGAACGCUGCGAAUCGGUUGCCAGAGGAUUGCCUGCUGCAUACCUGUGGGCAGCCACCGGUUCUGGCCAACAGCGACGUCGCCAGCUCAGAGGUGUUCGCUCUCGAGUCUGCCAGCUAUGCGUGCCACGAGGGCCAUACCGUCGACGGCACGGCACUGGGCGCCACGACGUUUGCUAUCUCAUGCCAGGCUGAGUGCGGCGCAGAUUCGGAGGCGGUGUUCUCACCGAACGACCACCCUGGCUGCGAGAAAGUGCUGUGCGGCCCCGCCCCGACCGUCGACCACGCCACAAGCCCGCCGCAGGACGCCGAGUCCAGGUACGGAGACUCUGUGAUCUACACGUGCGAGUCUGGCUACACCACCGCUGCCGGCGACUUCACCUUCUUGAGCCUGGACAACGCCGUGCUGGGCAACGCCGACCCCCUGACCGGCGCAGAGGUCCUGCACAUCGGUCAGUAUGGCACCCCUCCGCGCUGGCUCGACGCAGUCGUCCAGGUGACGAGCGCCGCUUUCGAGCCGCCGCUGACCGGAACGCCUAAGACCCAGUUCUCCAUCGCGGACGGUUUCGCGAGCUUGGGGUCUAAUGUGUGCGUGGACAUCAAGGCGACGAUCUCUUUCCGGGACCACGAGACGAAGGAGCCGGUGACGCUCGGCUACUUCUCCGUCAGCGUGUUCGACCUCGACAGCCGGGCGAACGGACGAGAUGGCACGCCGGAGGCUGUGGAGAUUUUGACCACCGCUUGCGACGCGGAGGAGGUCAUCACCGCUCCCGACGCGGACUACUCCGUGACCGACGGCGGCGGCGGCUGCCUCACGUUCACGUCGACUUCCGCCGAGGAAGAAAACCCGACGAACCCCAAUGAGCUGACGGACGGGCAGAAGCGGCGCUCGGUCGGUCUGACCUACACUGACAAAUCCAGCAUAUACCUCGGGAUGAACUUCAAGUGUUCCGAUUACUUCAUUUCGCAGAAUCCAAGUAAGGGCCGACAGUUGAUGUUUUCUUUCGAGUCCUCGAUGACGAGUCCAUCGGAACGGAUGGAGUUUGACGCAACGUGCGGGGCUGAUGGCAACUGGGCGGGUGCUAUGUCGUGCUCGCCUGUGCAGUGUGCCCCCUUGGAUUCCAGCCUUGUCAAGACCCAAGACGAGUACGGCACGGUCGCUACCUACGACUUGGACCAGGCUGCCGCGAUGCGGUAUGGCUCGCCGUUGACGGUCACUUGCAGCACUGGGUACGUUGUCUCGCAAACUGGAGGAGUCUUGAUCAACACGUACGAGAUCCAGUGCGAUGCCGAUGGUCAAUUGGUCGUGCCCAAGGGGCAGGAGUGCAGGCCUGUCGACUGCGGCAGUCAGCCGGAGCUCUCCAGCGCCUUUGUCGCUCCAGAGAGCACGGAAGGGCGCAGCAUCACCUACGUGGCGCACUACGGUUACAGCACUACUGGCACGGCGAGCGGUGGCAAGGUGUCCAUCAGCAAUUGCACGCCGACUGCGGAGUGGAGCGUGCCCGAGGCAUUCUUCAGGGUGCAGUGCCCCUCCUUCCCCGCCGUGGACCAUGCGAGGAGCGCGAGUGAGGCAGCUGCCGUCACAGACGGGGCCAUCUGUGACGAGGGGGCCAUGUACGAGGAGCACGGUGCUGGCAACGAGCACCUGGAGGGCAACCCCAGAACGGACGCCCAGAGCACGGACCACUGCAGCCAGAUAUGCGUGCUGACAAGCAACUGCACUUGCUUCUCCUUCGACGGGGACAACAAGCUUUGCUACUUGCACACCGCCUGCACCACGAUGUCCUCGAGGUCUGGCGCGUCCUCGGGCCGGGCGGGCUGCCACGCGGCCAGCGGAGCGGCGCUGCUGCAGCAGCCCCUCGGCCGCGGCCCCGGCGAACACCCGGCAGCCACCCGCCGGAGGCUGGCGCAGUCCCAGCACGGGCGGGCCGCGCGGCACAGCGCUGGGCCGCCGCCGGCGCGGUGGCCGGUGAACGCCAGCGCCGGCAGGGCCCCUGCCCUGCACGGGUUCUGGGCGCGCGCGAGGUCCAGGCGCUUCUCGCGCCACGGGCGCGCGAAGCAGGGCGCGGGGCACGCCGCGAGGGGCGCCGCCGCGCGGCGUGCCAGGGCGACGGGUGCCCGGACGGCGCGGGCCGCGGCCGGCCAG